AUGGCAGGAGGCGUCAAGAAGCCAGUCAACAUCUUCAAACUCAAAGAUGUCGGCGAACCCCAAGGCGUCUUCAACUGGCGUCUCUGGUUCGCAGUCUUUGCAUUCGGCUUGAUGGGCGCUGCACGCGGUAUCGACGAAGGUCUCAUCUCCGGCGCAUUUAAGUCAAAGGACUUUCAGAAAUACAUCCACUUCUCACAAUACUCUACCGUCGAACAAGCAAACAUCAAGGCCAAUGUCUCAGCUAUGGUUCAGAUCGGUUGUGUUGGUGGUGCCCUCAUUGCUUUCAUGAUUUGUGACAGAAUCGGCCGUAUUUGGGCUACGCGACAGCUCUGUACCGUUUGGAUCGUCGGAAUCAUCAUCUUCAUGGCCAAUGGUGGUAGUCUCGGUGCUAUUUACGCCGGACGCUUCAUCGCUGGUCUAGGAGUCGGCCAAACAGCCGUCGUCGGACCCGUCUACCUCGCCGAAAUCGCCCCCUCCGCCGUCCGUGGUCUCUGCACCUGCGUCUUCUCCGGCUUCGUAUACCUCGGUAUCGUAUUGGCAUACUUUGCCAACUACGGUUGCUCGCGACACAUGGGCGACGAUACACAUGCGCGCUGGCUCGUACCUACCAGUCUUCAUCUUAUGUUUGCUGGCUUGAUCUUCGUCCUUAGCUUCUUCGUUGAUGAAUCGCCUCGCUUUUUGAUCAAGAAGGGUCAAGCUGAGAAGGCUACUGCUGUCAUGGCGCGUCUGCGACAACAGCCUAUUGACUCUGAGUACAUUGUUCGUGAAAUGACUGCUAUUCAGUCUGCGCAUGAGCAUGAGCUUGAGAGUGUCAACACCUCUUUCAUUGGUACUUGCAAGGAGCUUUUCUUCAACAGCAGCAACCUUUACCGUCUUUACCUUGCCAGCAUGGUUCAAGUUUUGGCGCAGUGGUCAGGUGCUGGAUCAAUCACUCUUUACGCGCCCGAUUUGUUCGAACUUCUCGGUAUUCACGGCUCCGAGACUGGUCUUCUUGUCACUGCGCUCUUUGGUAUCGUCAAGCUUCUGUCUGCUAUCACUUGCGCGCUUUUCUUGGUUGAUGUUAUCGGACGUAAGCGCGCUCUUAUGGGCGGUAUCGCUCUCCAGGCUUUCGCUAUGAUCUACGUUGGCGCAUUCCUCACAGCCGUCCCCGAGCCCACUGGUGCAUCCGCCGCUGCCAAGGGAGCCAUGGCCAUGAUUUACAUCUCAGGAAUCGGUUGGGCCCUUGGUUGGAACACCAUGUCCUACAUCCUCACAGCCGAGCUGUUCCCUCUCCGCAUCCGAGCUUUGGCUACAUCCUUCGCCAUGACAUUGCAUUUCCUGUGUCAAUACGGUAGCAGUCGCGCGACACCCAACAUGCUUCUUCCCACAUCCGAAGGUGGCAUUAACCCCAACGGCACAUUCUGGACCUACGCUGCCAUCCUUGUCGUUGGUGGUUUGUGGGUUAUUGUUUCCGUGCCUGAAACUGCUGGACGAUCUCUUGAGAGCAUGGACCGACUUUUCGAUCUUCCUUGGUACAAGAUUGGAUUGUUUGGAAACAAGGAUGCUGAGGAGCAGGAUGCUGUUUAUGAUGAGAAGGAGGAGAUGGCUAUGAAUGCGCAUGGGAAUGUCACCUAUGUUGAGAACAGGCCCAAGGAAAUUGCCUAA